UGAGGAAGUCGUGUAACAGAUCGGGGGAUGAAGAGUCAGUGUUUGUCCUAACGGUGAACACUUCAGGAAGCGUUAAUAAAACCGUCCCGAUUAUACAAACACACAGAGAUACACACACUGAUCAGGACUGUGACACGCUUACGGGUGACUGGAUCGCAACACUGUUGCAUUAUGCAUUCGGACUGCAGGCUGCUGGGAUGGACGGGUCGGUAAUGGUGGGCAGAGGGACCGGAGGGGCUGCGCUCUUCAUCCUGAUCGUCUUCAUCUUCCUUCUCGGUGCCAGAAGCUCGCGGGCGCAGAAGGGGGAUGGCUGUGGACACACAUUGCUAGGCGUGGGUAGUGGGAGCCUGGCAUCUCUGGGUUACCCUCGGUCCUAUCCCUCCAGCUCCGUGUGUGAGUGGGAGAUCAGCGUUCCCGCCGGACAAACGAUUGCUUUGCGUAUCGCAGAUCUCGACAUCAACACAAACAACUGCCAGGUAUCUUACCUGCGACUGUACAAUGGCAUCGGAAUGGGGCGAACAGAGAUAGUGAAAUUCUGUGGAGAGAGCGAAUGGAGAGAUGCUGUUAUAGGGUCGGAGGGGCAUCAGGUCACAGUGCAGUUUAUGAGCGGACCCUACAGCAAGGGCCGUGGCCUCUUCCUGUCCUACAGCACCAGUCAGCACACAGAUCUCAUUACAUGCCUGGAGAAAGGAGAGGACUUCACUGAAGCAGAGUUCAGUAAAUUCUGUCCUGCGGGAUGCCUGACGGAUUUUGGAGAGGUUUCGGGAACCAUUCCGCACGGAUACAGAGAUUCUUCUCCGCUCUGUCUGGCCGGAGUUCAUGCGGGUGUGGUCUCCAACACUCUGGGGGGGCAAAUCAGUGUGGUCAGCAGUAAAGGCAUCCCACAUUAUGAAAGCUCACUGGCCAACAAUGUGACAUCUGUGCCUGGCAAUCUCUCCCCCAGCCUUUUUACUUUCAAGACGAGCGGUUGUUACGGUACUUUAGGUUUGGAGUCAAGGGUGGUCAGUGACUCUCAGAUCACUGCCUCCUCCUCAUGGGAAUGGGGUGGUCAUGGGAAGGAACCCACUGUAUGGGGACCUACAGGGGCCCGCCUUAAAAUUCCGGGACGUCCAUGGGCAGCAGCCAACAGCGAUUUGAAAGAAUGGAUUCAAGUUGACCUAAAGAAAGAGAAACGAAUAACAGGUAUUACCACCACUGGCUCCACCCUCAUAGAAAAUCAGUUUUACGUGUCGGCUUAUGAAGUGUUUUUCAGUCAUGAUGGACAGCAGUGGAACGCCUAUAAAGAAGCGGGAUCAGAUAAAAACAAGAUUUUCCAAGGCAACACCCACUAUUUACAGGAAGUGCGGAACAAUUUUAUUCCUCCGAUCGAAGCGCGGAUUCUUCGAAUAUGCCCCACCCAGUGGCACCAGAGGAUUGCCCUUAAAAUGGAGCUGCUGGGCUGUCAACCACCUGCAGGUGAGAUUAAUCGGAAAGCAGUGAGCGAUGUUAUCCAAUUGUCCAAUCAGUUUAUACAUGUUUGUUUCUAUUGGUCAGCGAGGCCAAGAACAUUUCACCCAGCCCCUCCUCCACCCCACUGGAAAAGCACAGUGCCCCCCCUACAGGAGAGGACGACACGUACGCCCAACAUCCGAAACACCACCAUGCCUCCUCACGAUGAGGUGGCUCUCGUGGCGGUUUUGGUGCCCGUACUGGUGGUAGUUCUAACAACCCCAGUUUUAGUAAUAUUGUGCUCGUGGUUGUGGAAGAACAGAAAAAGCCCAGAGGCAACGUAUGACCUUCCACACUGGGAACGCACAGUGUGGUGGAAGAGUAUGAAACAGUUGUUGCCCUCUAAGCUGGAUGGAGAUGAUUGUGUUCGUUAUAGUUCAACAGCAGGAGUGGGUCACCAAAGACCACGGGUGGAGCCUGCAGAAUACGCCCAACCACUUGCCAGUGGUACCAUGGCAUCUUUGGGACAAAGGUCAACCUUUAAACCCGAAGAGGGUGAUGACCCAGAGUACGAUGCACCUAUUCCCCCAGAACAUUAUCAUGCUUAUGCUGAGCCUCUUCCUGCCUCUGGCGCUGAAUACGCCACACCAAUCAUGAUUGACAGGGCGAACCACCUGUCAGGAGGCACACUGCCAUUCAGAGGGCGGGGAUUACUCGCUCGGACAGACAGCAGCCAAUCAGCAAAUUCCUUAUAUGACACACCCAAAAACACAUCUGAUCAAGCCACGCCCACGGAGGGACAGUUAUACCAGGUGCCCCAGAAUACCCACAAUGCACCAUGUCAGAAAGUAGACUGACCUAUCCGUGGCCUAGGGUGAAUGAACCCUUUUAGAAACCCUCAGCUGUACACUACCUUAAAAGAAAAAUGCAGAUCAGAAUGUGUGCGUUUGUCUCAAAUUGUACGCCGUGCAAGUCCUAUCACUGAAAUAACACACAGGAAAGUCAGGAGAGUGAGAACAGCAGAGAUCUUGUUACACUACUGUGUUUUGUGUCUAAAUGUAUGUCUGAUGUGUGUGUGAGUGCAUAUGUGUGACUCUGCUAUCAAACUGUGAGUCCUUACAAAUCUGUGUAUAUUUUUCUGAGGGCCGUGACGAAUUCGUCGACACAGCUCAUCGCGAGGCACAUUCUUCCUUUUUCAACAUAGACACCCUCACACAGAACUUUCUUAGAUAACAUUCUGUUACACUGGUCAUUUUGCACUUUUAUUGUUUUCUGUUUUGAUGUAGUUAUGUCGCCUUUGCCCAAAAGUAGCCCGUGCUGGGUUUUUUAGCUAUGUUCUAAAACCUACAUCGCUUUUGGGGGAACACAACAGCAUAUGGCACACAAACUCAGAAGUGCAAAAAAAUUCUGGACACAGUUGAUAGUUUUGGUACUUUUUUAUUGUGUAUAUUAUCGCUGUUUCUCUGGCAUCAUGCACAUAUUGGGUGUUUUUUCAAGCUCAUGGCAAUGCAUUCUGGGAGUGCCUUUUGAUUAAUGUGAUGCUGCCUAAACUUUUGUCCAAGGGUAAUGAUCUAAAGCCAGACUCACAAUACAGGAUUUUUGGCACAAAUUUACCCUGAUUUUACCUUCCCGAGAAAAUCUGGUACAAGACCUAGAUCGGUUUCAAUGUUAGGCUCAGAUUACCACAUGUGUGUCAGAACCAUUAUUUGUAAGUGGGACAAGACCUUUCUCAAAUCUAUUCCACUUGGCUCAUUUGAAGACCAUAUUAUUUCAAUUCCAUUUCGUGUUUCUACACGAGUGGUUCACUGUCUCUUAAACAUAGGGGAACCAUUUUAACCCUGGAGAACCCAAUAACCCUUCUCUUAGCAUAAAUAAAAAUUGGCCAAAUUUGACCUGUGGGUUCUCCAGGGUUAAAUGCUAUAUAGCACCUAUGUAAUAGCUGUGUAGAACCAUAUUGUGCUAUAUAGAACCAUAUCUGGUGCUAUAGUGGUGCUAUAUCCCCUGGUUGGUUCUUCAUAAAUGCUAUAUAGGACUAAAAUGGUUCCCCUAUGAUUAUGAGCUUUUAGUGCUAUUUAACACCAAAUUUGUUAGUGUAUUACUUUCGCAUGCUGCACAAUGACAGACCUUUUUGAAACAGCGUCUGCCAAACAAGCGGCUGUUCGUGUCCGGUAGUCAGCGUAGAUGGUGAAGUGUGAAAACAGCGCAAGUGCCUGAAUAAUGCAUCCAUGAAAACAUAUCACAUCCGUCAAAAACAAGUACUGAGGAGAAACUGAGUUUGGUGGUGAGUAAUAACAAAUGUGUCACAGUCUACAUUCGUAUACAUCGUGAAGGGGGCAUGAAGCGAUUCCUCUGGCACGAUAAUCUUAAUAAUGAUAUAAAAUAUAGGAUUUUCAAAUCUGGUAGCAUGAGCAUGUUCAAGUUUUAAGAGAAGAAAAUCGGAUUCUCCGUAUGUGUGUGCUCCGACCAGAUUUUAUUAUCAGCCAGGGUUUUAUGAGUCCUGUAGUGUGAGCCUGGCCUUAGGUAAGUUCUGGAUCAAUCCGUGUAUUAAGAACAACUAAUUAAAGGGACACUCCACUUUUUCUGAAAAUAUGCUCUUUUACAGCUCCCCUUGAGUUAAACAUUUGAUUCUUACCGUUUUGGAAUCCGUUCAGCCGAUCUCGGGGUCUGGCG